AUGGGCUCUCCAACUGCUUUGAACUCUCCUACUGCACCAAACUCUCCAACUGUGCCGAGCCCUCCACCCACGACGAGCUCUCCAACAGCACUAGGCUCUCCAAAUGCGUCAAGCCCUCCACCUGCGACGGGCUCGCCAACUGAGUCAAGCCCUCCAUCUGUGACGGGCUCUCCAACGGCAUCGGGCUCUCCAAUAGCACCAAGAUCUCCACCUGCAACGGGCUCUCCAACUACACUGAACUCUCCAAAUACAUUGAGCUCUUCAACUGUGUCGAGCCCUCCACCUAUGACGAACUCUCCAAUUCCGCCAUGCCCUCCACCCAAGAUGGGCUUUGCUCUGCUUGGGGCUCUCCUCUACUCCGGGCUCUCCUUAACCGCCCACCAUGGAAGGCACUCAGCUUGCCACCUGGCAGCGGGCUCUCCUGAACUGCACGGGCUCUCCUCCCCUAGAGGCUCAUCUACACGGGAUCUCAACUACUUAGGAUUGAACUGCACAUGGUUGUACCAUCUCGAGAUCUCCUCUACACGAGAUCCAUCUGAUCAGGUGAAGUACCCACGUGCCAGCAAGGCCAAGUCCCUAGACUCGCCGCGACACAAAGGUUGA